UUAAACGUGUUAAAUAAUCACGGAAAAUAUUUCUAUUUUUACAAACUCUUACCUGUACGCAACCAAAAAAAAAUACUAAAACCUAUCUGUGAUCAACUCACCUCUGUAUAAAUCUUCUUCCUUCACCUUAUUUUACAAGUUUCUUCAGCGAAGUCUAAGCUUUUGUACCAUCCAACUUUGCAUAAUUAGUUUUUUUUUUCUCAAAACGAAUUACUUUGAUUUCUUAUUCCCAUACUGUUGUUUUGAUGACUCCGUAAUCAUGUCUUCGUCACUUCUUUCAUCUUUAAAGUAAUAUACCAUAUUAUUGUUUUCUUCGAUCAAAGACACCAUAUCAAUCUUGUAAGUGAGUAGAGGAGGAUGAAGCGUGGGAAAGGCGACAAAAAGGGAACAAAGAACCGAGAUGUCAGCGGUCAAGUAGUUCCGCUUACUGAACCGGUGGUUGUAGCUACGGCUGUGGUUGGAACAAGAUCAUGGAUAGGAGGGCUCUUUACACGCUCCAGUAGACGUCAAGACAAGUCAAUCGACUACACUUUGUCUCCUCUUCAGGAGGAAAGACUUCAAAAGCUGCAAGAUCGUUUGCUUGUACCUUUUGAGGAGACACGUAUUGACCAUCAGGAAUCAUUAAAAGCAUUGUGGAAUGCUGCAUUUCCGAAUAUAAGUCUCACAGGCUUAGUAACAGAACAAUGGAAAGAUAUGGGAUGGCAAGGUCCUAAUCCAUCUACCGAUUUCAGGGGUUGUGGAUUUAUCGCUCUAGAGAAUUUGUUAUUUUCCGCAAGAACAUAUCCGGUUUGUUUCCGGAGGCUAUUACUGAAACAAAGAGGCGAGAGGGCAAAGUGGGAGUACCCUUUUGCGGUGGCCGGAAUCAAUAUCUCCUUCAUGCUGAUUCAAAUGCUCGAUUUACAAAACACUCCAAAGCCGAAAUGUCUUCCGGGAAUGAAUUUUCUCAAACUCUUAGAAGGUAAACAAAAAGACGAGAAUGCAUUCGAUGUACUGUAUUGUAUAUCAUUCGCGAUGAUGGAUGCUCAAUGGCUUGCGAUGCACGCUUCUUACAUGGAAUUCAAUGAAGUAUUGCAGGCGACACGGAAUCAGCUAGAGAGAGAGCUUUCUUUGGACGAUAUUCAUCGGAUUCAAGAUCUCCCUGCUUAUAAUCUCUUGUUCCAAUAGAUUUUUCUUCUAUUUAGAUGUGUACAUUAACUGGAUUUAUGUAUUUAAAAAACGAUAAUCAAUGAGACAACAAAUACUAAAAGAUUGAAAAUGAAUGACCAUGUUACAUAUCUUUUCCUUGGUCAAAGAUCUAUAUGAUGCAUAUACAUCCUUGUUUUCUUCUAACAUUACUGAUGAUGAAUUGAUGAUGAUGUUGGUGUGGAAGGAAACUAAGAAGUUAACGUGGAAUCUUUGACUUGUGUAGUUUUAAAUAAUCAAAACUCUUACCGUUCGUCUAUAAUAGUAGUAAAGAUCUUCACUCUUCAGACCAGUAUUGUCCCUGUCGAGUGUCGACAUUAAAUUUUUCUCAUCCUAACCCUUAUUUUGAAAAGUCGGGGUCUGAUGUAUGACCUAUUUGUAUAUUCCCAAAUGAAUAUUAAAAAAAUAAAUAAGAUAAUGUUCUUUACGUCUGCAUUGGAGUUCGAAAGUUUGAUAUUUUGAUCUUAUCCUCAGCAUAUGACAAAACAGAAGGGAUCUACUUUAAAAACCUAACGUGAAGGAUAAGAUUCCUUACCAGUUACAACCACAUUCCCACGAUUCGUAUACAAUUCGAAAUGUCUAUUUCUUGGAGCUGGACAUAUUCAUUCUUUUCAAAACUAAUUUUAUUAAUAUAUUGUAUGUAAUGUUUCAUUACGUAUGCUAAGAUUCAUACUUUAAUUUUUUUUUUUUAAUAUUUGAACUGUUAACAUGAUUACUACUUCAGUAACGGUGCUGAGGCACAAAAAGUUAUGUUCCUCUCGACAGUGUUAGAUAAACUUACAAGAAAGCAUUUACUCUGUUUCAAAGACGCAAGUAACAACGAUUACUCUGUUUCAACAAGACAACAAACUCUCUAUAUACUGACAUAUACUUUUUUUCUUUCUCAAAAGGUUAGGUAUCUUCUUAAAACGCUAUAUCCUAACCCAAAACGCUAACAAAAGCCAGAUCACUCUUUUUUUUUUUU